AUGCUGACUAAAAAAGGAAGAGUACUCUAUGUAUUUUCAAUAGGGUUACAUAAGAAAGACGAAGAUAUAUUAAGAAGUAUCCAAUCUACUCUAGGGAUAGGAAAAAUAUAUCCACAAGGAAAACAAGGAGUACAAUUCCGCGUGGAAUCUAAAAAAGAAUUAUUGAUUUUAAUAGAACAUUUUGAUAAGUAUCCCUUAAUAACCAAGAAAAGUAAAGACUUCCUAUGUUUUAAAAAAGCUAUUUUCUUGAUCAAAAACAGAGAACACUUAACAAAGGAAGGUUUACGAAAGUUAGUAUCUCUAAAAGCUUUAAUGGGGUUUAUAUCAGCGGAAGGUUGUUUUAUCCUCAGUAUACAUAAAUCUACAUCUGUAAAAAUAGGAUAUCAAGUACAGUUAAAAUUUGUACUAAGUCAACACAUAAGAGAUAAAGAGUUAUUUGAAUAUUUCGUAAAAUAUUUAGGAUAUGAUUUCAUAGUUACUAAUUUUUCGGAUUUAAAAGAUAAAUUCUUACCUCUUUUACACUUACAACAUCCCAUAGUAGGUUAUAAAUAUUUAGAUUAUUUAUAUUUUAUGCAGGCUGUAGAAAUGGUGCAAAAAAAACUCCAUUUAACAGAACAGGGAUUAAAUAAACUACGUGAGAUACAAGUAUCCAUGAACAGUGGAAGAAACAACACACCUUCACAAGAUACCGGUUCAGAUACAACAGAUUAA